AUAAAGUGGGGGGUUUCACUUAAAAAACAGCUGUUUCUUCUUCAAUUUGUCUGAAAAACAGAACCUUUCCUCCUUCUCAAGAUCUGUUUUUGUUCUUUCUCUGUAACUGUUUACCGACAUACAAAAGAAAGUUCAUUCUUUCGAACUUCUUGAGAUCUGGGCAUUACAAUUUCAGGAUCAUAUCGAGGAAAGAAAAGAUGGGAAAGAAAGUAAAAUGGCUAUCUUCUUUAAAGAAAGCCUUCAAUCCAGAGUCAAAGGAAAAGAAAAACCAGAUUUUGGAUAAGCAAGUGCAUUUGGGUCCUAGUAGUUCUAAUGCAGCUGCACCCACAUUAGAAACUGUUAAUUUGUCCCCUCCACCUCAGCCGGAAGAUGAGAAAAUAAUCAAACCCGAGACGGUUGCUGAAGCUACCGAUGAUGAUGUUGUUGUUGCUCCAGCUGUUCCGACCCCGGCUGCUGUUACGGUCGUUCAACGCCGACUUAAUACAGAUUCUCGGUUUGCUGGAAAAUCUAUGGAGGAAGUUGCAGCGAUCAAAAUUCAGACAGCUUUUCGAGUUUACAUGGCGAAAAGAGCAUUGCGUGCUUUACGAGGACUUGUGAGGCUGAAAUCGUUAAUGGAAGGACCUGCGGUGAAACGGCAAGCGACGAGUACCCUUCGUUGUAUGCAAACACUUUCUCGUGUGCAGUGUCAGAUUCGGAUGAGGAGAAUCCGUAUGACCGAAGAAAAUCAAGCUCUUCAGAGACAAAUCUUGCAGAAACAUGCGAAAGAGCUUGUGAAUUUGCAGAUGGGGGAAGAUUGGGACGAUAGCUUGCAAUCGAAGGAACAAAUCGAAGCGAGCUUAUUGAGCAAACACGAAGCUGCAAUGAGACGAGAAAGGGCAAUGGCUUAUUCAUUUACUCAUCAGCAAACUUGGAAGAACAGUUCGAAAUCUAUGAAUCCGUUAUUCAUGGAUAUGAACAAUCCGACAUGGGGUUGGAGUUGGUUAGAACGAUGGAUGGCCGCUCGACCAUGGGAAGGACGUGGCGUGACGGGAAAAGAACCGAACAACGACCAGUCAUCGGUAAAGAAUGCACAUUUCGAAGGAGAAAUCAGCAAAGCUUACGCUCGUUACCAACUCAAUUUGGAUAAUAAACAAUCCCCGAAAUCGAGCCAAAAGCCAAACCGAACAUCAAGUCACCUAUCCCCUUCUCCGAAACCACCUUCCACACCAUCCCGAAAGCUGAAGUCCGCAAGCCCUAGUGGCAGUAUCAUUGCCCUGGAUGACGACACAAGAAGCAUAGUCAGCGCGCAAUCCGAACGGAACCGAAGGCACAGCAUUGCCGGCUCAUCGGUGCGUGACGACGAGAGCUUAGCAAGCUCGCCGUCACUUCCGAGUUAUAUGGUACCAACUAAAUCGGCAAGAGCCAAAACCAGGUUGCAAAGUCCCUUGGGACUAGAAGCAAAUGGUACACCCGAUAAAGGACCGAUCAUGUCGACCAAAAAACGACUCUCAUAUCCACCUUCACCGGCCAAGCCGAGGCGGCACUCCGGCCCACCGAGAGUCGAUACCAGCAUUAUUACUAAUACAGAAGUUGGUGCGGUGAAUGAUGGAGUCAUUUAAUUUCUAUAUGUUUUUAAUUCAUACAUGUUUUAUUUGUGAGGUUUGAGAACAAAACUACGCAUAAUUUUAGUUCAUUGAAAAUUUGUUCAUUAUAAUUCUUGUGCUGCUGUUGUAUUGAUUUGUUUAAUAAAUUAUAUACAUUACUUGUUUA